CCACCUCUCGGGCAAAGGGCUGCCCCAUAAGGGCCGGCGGAAUGAAGAGCAUCAUUUAGUGAGAUCGGCUACGGGAUGGAGAGCGUGUUGGUGUGUGACGAUGAGAUUUUGCUCCGCUCAGAGAGAGACUUUCACAAUGCAGCCAAGACAAAUGACACUGAGAAGAUGAGGCAGCUCAUUGAGCUUGGAGUGGAUGUUCGGGUCAAGAACAGUGUAGACAGGACAGCCCUACACUGGGCAGCAGGCGCUGGGCACAAGCAGGCGGUACAAUUACUUUUGGAACAUGAUGCACCAAUGGAUAAGGAAGACAGUUUUGGAAUGAACGCACUGCUGCUUGGGGCAUGGUUUGGGCAUCUUCCAAUUCUGCAGAUCCUUGUAAAUGCUGGAGCCAAAAUAAACUGUCAGAACAAGAAUGGACUGAACUUGCUCCAUUGUGCAGCUCUGAGAGGUCACAUCAAAGUCAUGGAAUUUAUUAUGGAGGACCUUGAAGGCAUCAGGCUUGAUAAAGUAGAUAAGUCAGGCAAGACCGCUUUUCACCUGGCAGCAGAACAUGGCCAGUUGGAGGCUGUGGAAUUUCUGAUUGGUUCUGGGUGUCAGCACAGCUUAAAGGACAAGGAUAAAAACACUGCUCUGCACUUGGCAACCAAGAAUGGCCAUGUAGAGGUCUUACAGAAGAUUGUGGAGACUGGGGUUGAGUUGAAUGAAAAGAAUACGGAAGGCAUGACAGCUUUGCACCUGGCCACAGAAGGGGGAUAUUUCGAUUGUGUGAGAAUCCUCCUAGAUGCAGGCUGUGAUGUGAAUGCCCAAACAGAGCAGAAGAGUAUGAAUGGCCUUCAUUACUCUGCCUUCCAUGGAUACGAAGACAUUGCCAGGAUCCUUAUAGAUGCAGGGAUCAACAUCAAUGCUGUAAACCAUAGAAAAUCCACUGCGCUGCACAUCUCCAUACUGCAGAACUUCCCUGCUACUGUCAAGCUCUUAAUAGACUUUGAGUGUGAUCUAGACAUUCCUGACUAUAGGCUGCAAACUCCUCUUCAUAUUGCGGCAGAGCAUGGGCGACAGGACAUGGCUGAAAUGAUUCUCAUUGCUGGUGUAAACCUGAAACUGCAGGAUAAGCAGGGGAAAACGUCUCUGGAUGUGGCUGCGCGGGGGAACCAUAUCAAUCUGGCAGAUAUGAUUAUUAAGGCCGAUCGCUUCUAUAAGUGGGAGAAGGACAAUCUAAACAGUGAUUCAGACUCUUGGGUAGCGAGACACCUGACCUUCAGGCAGGACCAUCGUUUGGAGACACAGCACAUCAGAUCUGUUAUCUGGAGACUUGCAACCAAAUACUUAAAACAAAAUGAGUGGAAGAAGCUGGCUCACUACUGGAAAUUCACAGAUGCUCACAUACGUGCUAUAGAGCAACAGUGGACAGGCACUAAAAGUUUCCGGGACCAUGGACACAGGAUGCUGCUGAUAUGGCUACAUGGAGUAGUGAUGGCAGGAGAAAACCCUAUAAAAGGCCUUUAUGAGGGAUUGGUGGGCAUUGGAAGAAGGGACUUGGCAGAAAGUAUCAGGAGCAAAGCAAACGCAGAGGAUUCUUCUCCAAGGAAGUGUGCAGCCAUGUGACCAGUUGUACCAUGUACAUCGCUGACAACAGAACAGGGGUGCUGUCACUUUAAGGGCUGAUUCUUAAACCUCUGGUGCCACUUAAAAUCAGUAUCAGGUUACAUAACAGGACAAGGAAAUAUCAAGUCCAAUUUGCGGCUGAGCAAGAUGUCAUUUCCUGAUCUGUCUUCCAGCACUUUCCCUUGGAUCACCCUGUGCCAAUGCUGCAGAAGCAGGGACGUCUCAUUGUGUGGCUUAGUCCCUCCCGUGAGUUUACAAUCACUGCAUCUUCCGUGUUCUUCUAAUGACAUUUUUAUGGUUCAUGUGAGGAGACAUUCCGGUGCUCAGAGCACAUCUCUAGAAAUGUGCCCUGAAUCUCCAUCCUGAACAGCCAGGAACACGUCUCCCAGAAUCCCUUGUGUUUGUGUGAUAUACAAGUAUUUUCCGUGUGAAUGAGCUGACGUUUACGUUUGUAAAUGAAUUUACCUUUUAAAUUCAAUUUUUUAAAAGGGGUAA